AUGUCGACCGGACGCAAGGUCUUUCAUUGUGCCGUCGAUGAGACGGCCUUGUCUACCAAUAUUAGCGAGAUCAAGAAAUGGACUACCAACGGAGCAAUCGAUCUUGUUGUUCCUCUCUACACCCUUGAACGCCUUCAUGCGCUGAAGCGAGCCGGAUCUCAGGUCGCUAUUAACGCCCGCGAGGCUGUGCGCUUUCUCGACCGAGUCACUUCUGGCAAGGAUCAUAUCGCCGCCGACCGAGUCGUUCUCCAAGGUCCGAUGGAACAAUAUGAACGCUGGGAAGAGGCCGAGAAAUUCUUCCUUCCGGAAUUCGAGGAGGACCCCGAGGCGAUUGACGACGCAGUGACCAACGGCGAGGCGACCGAGCCCCUCACAAAAGAAACCGUCGCCAAGACCGACCAGAACGACCUUUCGCAAAUGCUCCUCUCCAAACUGAACUUCAAGAAGGACCCAGAGGCUGCGUCGAUCACUUCCGUCGGUUCGCCCAGUGGACCUGGCUCGCGCACGUCCUCUCGCAGCUCUCGCACCAGUCCUGAAUGCGCUCAGCACGAUUCAAGCAAUGGAACUACCAAGAACGAGAAGAACAAGACCUCUAACCACCAGCGCUCGCUCUCCGCAUCCGUCAUCCCGACCGCACCGGCCACCCUUCGCCCUCUACUGAGUGCUUUGCUUUGGCGCUUGCACAACGGGCCCGACGCCGAGAACUCCGCAAAGACCUGCAUUCUGAUUACCAACGACCGCGCGACCCAGGUUUGGGCGCAGAAGUUCGGGAUCGGCGUCAAGAACAUUCUCCAGUUGCGCACCGCUAUUCAAUACGAGGAGCGCGAGUAUAAGAACCGCUGUAAAUACGUCGAGAAGACCCAGACUCAGCCCGCCGAACCCAAGACCUUGUUGUCCUACGAGGAAGAAAGCGACGAUGACGAGCUGGUCUUUGUUCCCCGUGGUCGUGGCAAGGGUGCGCCUCGUGCUUCGCGUGGUGGCCAGCGUAAGGCUGCUGCUAAGCCUGCCCCGAAGCCCGCGCCUGCUCCCGCUGAGAACACCGUCGAGGUUCCUACCCAGCCCAUUGAUCCUGACUCGUUCAGCCGGUCUUUGGGUGGCGCCACCAAGCAGCCCACCGCGGACGUGAACACACAACCAGGUGCUACCCGGGGGAACCCGGGCGCCUCUCGUCGUUCUUCCAAUGGACGCAGGGGCGGGCCUUCUCGCAGUGCACGAGGCAGUGGUCGUGGCCGGGGCAAGCUCUGGGUUCCUUGA